CAACUUAUUAAUGGCUAUCUAGUUCUCGGCGUCACUACAAUAGCCAAUUUGGCAUCAAAACCUGAUAAACCUCAUAUAUAGACGAAUAUGUCUAGUCUUAUACCCGCGCUCGGAAUAUACUACCAGCCAGGCAUAGCGGCCAUGGGCGUCGUUGCAACCGUUUCUAGGGUACCUUUUCGCAAGUUUACUAAUGAAGUGAUUGAAAGCAGAGGAAAAGAGCAUAUCACAAGCUUAUUGGAUGGAAGGAACGUUGUAUCUCACGAACACGAGGAUGCGGUCGAGCAUAAAAGGCUGAUGAGUAAGAUACCUCUGCGUGGGUAUGGACUAGCAAAGGAUCAGCAGUCUAAAUGGAUGAUGGGAAUGGCUAGAAACAAGGUGGUAUCAAUGGACGAUGCUGUAGAAAUGGUCUGCAACGGUGACACCAUUGGGUGCACAGGAUUCGUGGCGCAGGGUGCCCCCGAGGCAGUACUGAAAGCUCUGGGCGAAAAUUACGUCAAGUUCGGCGUACCCAACUCCCUGACUGCAAUGUUUGGCGGAGGACCGGGAGACUGGGCGACGAAAGGGCUCAAUCAUCUCGCACACACAGCCGACGAGGUCCAAGCAACUACAGAUGGGCUUCAGAAGGACAUGUUAUUCCGCACCAUCGGAGCGCAUUACGGACAGACCCCUCAGAUUGCGAAGUUAGUACUGAAUGAGAAGGUCGAGGCCUGGUCUAUACCAAUGGGAUCCAUCUCACGCAUGUGGCGAAGCACCGCCGCACACGUGCCUGGCCAUUUGACUACCACGGGCAUGGGGACGUUUGUAGACCCCGUGACAGGCAGUGGCGGCAAGAUCAACAAGCGUGCCGAGGCUUCCUCACUGAAGGUAGUGAGUGAGGUAUUUAUAGAUAAGGAACGUCAUUUGUUCUACAAAGCACUGCCUAUCAGCGUGGCUAUUAUACGCGCCACGACGGCCGAUUCAGACGGUAAUCUGUCGUUUGAGAAUGAGAGUCUUGUCGGAGACGCCAGAAACCUGGCCAUGGCAGCGAGAAACUCAGGGGGCAUAGUCAUCGCUCAGGUGAAAAACGUGGCCCAGAACGGCACCAUCCCGGCCCCAAAUGUGCGAGUCCCAGGUAUACUCGUCGACUGUGUGGUCAAGGUGGACCGGGAACUGCAAUCGGAGCUGCACCCCAUGAGCUACUAUGAGGACCACAACCCGUCCUGGAGUGGCCAGCUAAAGGUACCCGUUGAUGCUAUAGAACCCAUGCCGUUGGACGCCCGGAAGAUCAUUGCCCGCAGAGCGGCGACAACACUUAAGCCAAAUAAGGUGGUGAACUUGGGAAUCGGAAUGCCGGAAGGAGUCGCGUCUGUGGCAGAGGAAGAGGGAGUGUUGCAGUCCAUUACACUGACGACAGAGGCGGGAGCUAUAGGUGGAAUUCCUGCGUCUGGCUACAACUUCGGACCGAGCACUAACGCGAGUGCCAUGCUUGAGAUGAACUCUAUGUUCGAUCUAUACAGCGGGGGUGGUUUGGAUGCUUGUUAUUUGGGUAUGGCUCAGGUCACACCUACGGGUGACGUCAACGUAACUCGUCUCAGUGAGGAUCGACUGACAGGCCCAGGUGGAUUCAUUGACAUCUCUCAGGCGACCCACAGAGUGUGUUUCAUGGGCACGAUGACUACCAAAGGCCUCAAGCUUGGUUUUGGUGACAAUAGCGGAGUUCUGAAUAUAGAACGGGAAGGGGCGAUCAAGAAAUUCGUCAACGACACAUACGAGGUUACUUUUUCAGGUGAUGAGGCAGUAAGGAGAGGACAGCAUACAUUAUACGUGACGGAGAGGGCUGUGUUUAAGCGGUCCAGUGCUCACCCGAUACUCGAACUGAUAGAGAUUGCGCCGGGACUAGACUUGGAGAGAGAUGUUUUGUCGGCCAUGGAGUUCAGGCCAGUGAUAUCCCCGGACCUCAAAACGAUGGACCCAAGACUCUUCAAAUUCGAAAAAAUGGGACUGAGGCGGGACAUGACAGGUGUAUCACUAUCUGACAGGGCACAGUACCAUGAAGACGACCACACUCUGCUGCUGGAUUUGUCUGGGGUCACCGUAUCCCAGCCGGAGGAACUCCGACGGUUUGAAUCUGACCUGAAAGCACUGUUCGACCCGCUCAAAGCAGCGGGUGGCAAAUUCAACGCCGUCAUCAACUACGAUGGCUUUGAUUGUUGGCAGCCGAUCGAGAAGGACUACAGGAAAAUGGUCGAGGAGAUGGAGGAGAAUUACUACCUGUCUUCUCGCCGCUUCACUGGUAACUCGUUCCGGCGAUUCAAGUUGGGCAAAUCAAUUAACGUACACAAAUGGAAUCCGGAGGAAAUGUUCAACGCCUUUGACGAGAACAAGGACGGCGAAGUGUCCAGAGAGGAGUUGAAGAGUGGUAUGAGGAACUGCUUUGACAUCAGAUUGACUCACACACAGAUACACCAAUUGUUUGGUGCUAAGGUUGCCAUCGGCCGAAAGCAGUUCACAGUCGUUAUGAAGGACUUGCUGGACAAUAUGGGCCGUACCGAGGCAUCUCGCACUGAUAUAUAGAUAAGACAGUUUAUAGACAGCCAAUCGAUAGCCGGCAUUAACCACGCGUAUUCCCAGGGAAGGGGGGGGGUAGUUACAAAAAUGCUGCAUCUGCCGACAUGAGGUAACUCCCACUGAUAUAUGAAUAGGCCUAUACAAGCAGGCCGCAGGGUGCAGAGCUCGUCUAUUUAUAAUCAGCCAAUCAGAACGUCGCCUCAGCUGUGCAUACACAUCGUCGACAUGCAGCAAUUGCUGGAUGUUGUGAGCAAAUGCGAUGAACAUAGCACUGUUGGAUAGGCACAGUACUGUUGCAUGGACACCAAGCUGGUCAGGCAUAUCAGCUGCUGUUCAUGUGCAACUAUUCAGGUUUCACCCCGCUGUAGUAAAUAAUAUUUCCCAACACUAGCGACAACCAAACACACUCGAUUCCAUCUGUGACGAAGUCGUUAACUCACUACAAAUGGGUUUAGCACUCAUCAACUAUAUAUAUCUGUAUACGUAUAAUAUAUAUUUAUGUAUGAAUAAUAUAUAUAUAUAUAUAUAUUCCAUCGUGGUGCAACUGACACGUACACUGAAUCGCAUUGCCUUGUAGGCGUGCCCAAUAUUAACAAUCGCGUGCUAUACCUAUGCAGCGGAUAAUCCCCUCUGAAAUCAGCCCGUGAGAAAUGGGUUGGUACUAGACGACCAUCAAGAACAAACAAGAAUAAAGAAAGAAAGAAACUUGAAAGCGUGUCCACGGUUGUAGGCUCAUCCCUUUGUUUCUC